UUUAAGUAAUUUCAAAAAGCUGCCAAGCUCUUAGUCUUUUAAAACUUUUCCAGGGGUUUUCGGAUUUCAGUACGUAAUAGUUUCGCCUUACACAGUCUGCAAAUAAUACAGUUCGGCUUUAUUUAAAAGUCAAUAUGGGAAAGUUGAACGUGGUUGUUCUGAAAUUUCUCACACCCGAGGACUUUCGAGUUCUGACGGCGGUGGAAAUGGGUAUGAAAAACCAUGAGCUCGUUCCCGGACCGCUCGUGGCUGCCAUCGCAGCUUUGAAGCACGGAGGCUGUCAUAAGCUGCUUCGCGAGCUCAUCAAGCAUAAGCUGGUAGUUUACGAACGCGGGAGACAUGCUGACGGUUUCCGGCUGACAAAUACUGGUUAUGAUUAUCUGGCUUUGAAGACGCUCUCGGCUAGGAAUAUUGUGGAAGGAUUUGGCAGCCAGAUUGGUGUAGGCAAAGAAUCGGAUAUAUAUGUAGUACAGGAUCAAGAAGGACGACGUCUGGCGCUGAAAAUUCAUCGAUUAGGUCGAACAUCGUUUCGUCGUUUGAAAGAGAAGCGCGAUUAUCUGAAGCAUCGUAACAAUGCAUCCUGGCUGUAUCUGUCGCGAUUAGCGGCUUUGAAAGAGUUUGCCUUUAUGAAAGCGUUAUAUGAUCGCAAUUUUCCCGUUCCCAAGCCGGUGGACUGCAAUCGACACUGCGUGGUUAUGGAGCUGAUUGGUGAUGCAUAUCCGCUGUGUCAAGUACAUGGCAUUGAACAUCCGGAUGAGUUAUUCGACAAACUGAUGAACUUGAUUGUGAAAUUAGCUGAUCACGGCUUGAUCCACUGCGACUUCAACGAGUUUAAUCUUCUCCUAAACAAUAAAGAUGAACCCACCCUCAUCGAUUUUCCACAGAUGAUAUCAACAUCGCAUCCCAAUGCGCAAGCGUAUUUCGAUCGUGAUGUAAACUGUAUCCGCGAUUUCUUCCGGAAACGCUUCAAUUUUGAAAGUGAAUCGUAUCCGACGUUUGCCGACAUUCACCGGGAAGAUAACCUGGAUGAAGAAGUUGCUGCCAGUGGCUUCACGCGAGAUAUGGAUAAGAAAUUGCUGCAAGAAAUCCUUCCCGAAAACGGUUCUGGUAGUGAAGAGUCUGAAGAAGAAGAAGAAAAGGAAGAAUGCACUGAACAGCGAGAGAAUUAUGAGCGAUCGGAUGGAGAAGAAAUGCCUGAUAAUCAGCAUAGCGCUACUUUUGUCAGCUUAUCGGAUGUGAAUCAUCUGCAGAACGAUCCUCUUUUAGCUUCAAAAAUGGAUCGAUAUUUUAAGGGUACUUCGGGUGCCGGAGACGAUGCCGGAGAACAACCCCUCAAGUGUUCAGAAGAACAACAAUUAUCAGAUGAAGAAUCUGUGACGACUGAAGCUGCGUCUGGCCGAAAAGAAAAGGUGUUUGAUCCAAGUUAUGUCCGCGCAAGAGUGAAGAAAAGCUUGCAGCAGCGUGAUAAGCAACACCGACGCCGAAUUCGAGCUAAAGGGGAAGCCAGCGCCGUGACAAGACAGCGACGAGAGAAUGCAGAUGCAAUUAAGUUGUGUCCGGUGUGGGAUAUAUAGAAUACUUACUCACCACGAGCAGUAUGGACAAUCGAAAUUCCGAGCUUAUUAGAUUUUAACAACACUCUUUGUUGUUGCUGGUUUUAUGGUGAAAAUUGAGAAGUAAAAAAGUGAACGACUUCCAU